CCUCCCUUCGCCCGGCGCGGUCCCGUUCGCCUCUCGCUCGCCUCCCGCCUCCCCUCGGUCUCCCGAGGCGCCCGGGCUCCCAGCGCGGCGGCGGAGGGGGCGGGAAGGCCGGCGGACGGUGAUGUGGCGGGACUCUUUAUGCGCUGCGGCAGGAUACGCGCUCGGGCGCCGGGACGCGGCUGCGCUCAGUUCUCUCCUCUCGGAAGCUGCAGCCAUGAUGGAAGUUUGAGAGUUGAGCCGCUGUGAGGCGAGGCCGGGCUCAGGCGAGGGAGAUGAGAGACGGCGGCGGCCGCGGCCCGGAGCCCCUCUCAGCGCCUGUGAGCAGCCGCGGGGGCAGCGCCCUCCGGGAGCCGGCCGGCCUGCGGCGGCGGCAGCGGCGGCGUUUCUCGCCUCCUCUUCGUCUUUUCUAACCAUACAGCCUCUUCCUCGGCUUCUCCUGAAAGGGAAGGUGGAAGCCGUGGGCUCGGGCGGGAGCCGGCUGAGGCGCGGCGGCGGCGGCACCUCCCGCUCCUGGAGCGGGGGGGGGAAGCGGCGGCGGCGGCGGCCGCGGCGGCUGCAGCUCCAGGGAGGGGGUCUGAGUCGCCUGUCACCAUUUCCAGGGCUGGGAACGCCGGAGAGUUGGUCUCUCCCCUUCUACUGCCUCCAACACGGCGGCGGCGGCGGCGGCACAUCCACGGACCCGGGCCGGUUUUAAACCUCCCGUCCGCCGCCGCCGCACCCCCAGUGGCCCGGGCUCCGGAGGCCGCCGGAGGAGGCAGCCGUUCGGAGGAUUAUUCGUCUUCUCCCCAUUCCGCUGCCGCCGCUGCCAGGCCUCUGGCUGCUGAGGAGAAGCAGGCCCAGUCGCUGCAACCAUCCAGCAGCCGCCGCAGCAGCCAUUACCCGGCUGCGGUCCAGAGCCAAGCGGCGGCAGAGCGAGGGGCAUCAGCUACCGCCAAGUCCAGAGCCAUUUCCAUCCUGCAGAAGAAGCCCCGCCACCAGCAGCUUCUGCCAUCUCUUUCCUCCUUUUUCUUCAGCCACAGGCUCCCAGACAUGACAGCCAUCAUCAAAGAGAUCGUUAGCAGAAACAAAAGGAGAUACCAAGAGGAUGGAUUCGACUUAGACUUGACCUAUAUUUAUCCAAACAUUAUUGCUAUGGGAUUUCCUGCAGAAAGACUUGAAGGCGUAUACAGGAACAAUAUUGAUGAUGUAGUAAGGUUUUUGGAUUCAAAGCAUAAAAACCAUUACAAGAUAUACAAUCUUUGUGCUGAAAGACAUUAUGACACCGCCAAAUUUAAUUGCAGAGUUGCACAAUAUCCUUUUGAAGACCAUAACCCACCACAGCUAGAACUUAUCAAACCCUUUUGUGAAGAUCUUGACCAAUGGCUAAGUGAAGAUGACAAUCAUGUUGCAGCAAUUCACUGUAAAGCUGGAAAGGGACGAACUGGUGUAAUGAUUUGUGCAUAUUUAUUACAUCGGGGCAAAUUUUUAAAGGCACAAGAGGCCCUAGAUUUCUAUGGGGAAGUAAGGACCAGAGACAAAAAGGGAGUAACUAUUCCCAGUCAGAGGCGCUAUGUGUAUUAUUAUAGCUACCUGUUAAAGAAUCAUCUGGAUUAUAGACCAGUGGCACUGUUGUUUCACAAGAUGAUGUUUGAAACUAUUCCAAUGUUCAGUGGCGGAACUUGCAAUCCUCAGUUUGUGGUCUGCCAGCUAAAGGUGAAGAUAUAUUCCUCCAAUUCAGGACCCACACGACGGGAAGACAAGUUCAUGUACUUUGAGUUCCCUCAGCCGUUACCUGUGUGUGGUGAUAUCAAAGUAGAGUUCUUCCACAAACAGAACAAGAUGCUAAAAAAGGACAAAAUGUUUCACUUUUGGGUAAAUACAUUCUUCAUACCAGGACCAGAGGAAACCUCAGAAAAAGUAGAAAAUGGAAGUCUAUGUGAUCAAGAAAUUGAUAGCAUUUGCAGUAUAGAGCGUGCAGAUAAUGACAAGGAAUAUCUAGUACUUACUUUAACAAAAAAUGAUCUUGACAAAGCAAAUAAAGACAAAGCCAACCGAUACUUUUCUCCAAAUUUUAAGGUGAAGCUGUACUUCACAAAAACAGUAGAGGAGCCGUCAAAUCCAGAGGCUAGCAGUUCAACUUCUGUAACACCAGAUGUUAGUGACAAUGAACCUGAUCAUUAUAGAUAUUCUGACACCACUGACUCUGAUCCAGAGAAUGAACCUUUUGAUGAAGAUCAGCAUACACAAAUUACAAAAGUCUGAAUUUUUUUUUAUCAAGAGGGAUAAAACACCAUGAAAACAAACUUGAAUAAACUGAAAAUGGACCUUUUUUUUUUUUAAUGGCAAUAGGACAUUGUGUCAGAUUACCAGUUAUAGGAACAAUUCUCUUUUCCUGACCAAUCUUGUUUUACCCUAUACAUCCACAGGGUUUUGACACUUGUUGUCCAGUUGAAAAAAGGUUGUGUAGCUGUGUCAUGUAUAUACCUUUUUGUGUCAAAAGGACAUUUAAAAUUCAAUUAGGAUUAAUAAAGAUGGCACUUUCCCAUUUUAUUCCAGUUUUAUAAAAAGUGGAGACAGACUGAUGUGUAUACGUAGGAAUUUCUUCCUUUUGUGUUCUGUCACCAACUGAAGUGGCUAAAGAGCUUUGUGAUAUACUGGUUCACAUCCUACCCCUUUGCACUUGUGGCAACAGAUAAGUUUGCAGUUGGCUAAGAGAAGUUUCCGAAGGGUUUUGCUACAUUCUAAUGCAUGUAUUCGGGUUAGGGGAAUGGAGGGAAUGCUCAGAAAGGAAAUAAUUUUAUGCUGGACUCUGGACCAUAUACCAUCUCCAGCUAUUUACACACACCUUUCUUUAGCAUGCUACAGUUAUUAAUCUGGACAUUCGAGGAAUUGGCCGCUGUCACUGCUUGUUGUUUGCGCAUUUUUUUUUUUAAAGCAUAUUGGUGCUAGAAAAGGCAGCUAAAGGAAGUGAAUCUGUAUUGGGGUACAGGAAUGAACCUUCUGCAACAUCUUAAGAUCCACAAAUGAAGGGAUAUAAAAAUAAUGUCAUAGGUAAGAAACACAGCAACAAUGACUUAACCAUAUAAAUGUGGAGGCUAUCAACAAAGAAUGGGCUUGAAACAUUAUAAAAAUUGACAAUGAUUUAUUAAAUAUGUUUUCUCAAUUGUAACGACUUCUCCAUCUCCUGUGUAAUCAAGGCCAGUGCUAAAAGUCAGAUGCUAUUAGUACCUACAUCAGUCAACAACUUACACUUAUUUUACUAGUUUUCAAUCAUAUACCUGCUGUGGAUGCUUCAUGUGCUGCCUGCAAGCUUCUUUUUUCUCAUUAAAUAUAAAAUAUUUUGUAAUGCUGCACAGAAAUUUUCAAUUUGAGAUUCUACAGUAAGCGUUUUUUUCUUUGAAGAUUUAUGAUGCACUUAUUCAAUAGCUGUCAGCCGUUCCACCCUUUUGACCUUACACAUUCUAUUACAAUGAGUUUUGCAGUUUUGCACAUUUUUUAAAUGUCAUUAACUGUUAGGGAAUUUUACUUGAAUACUGAAUACAUAUAAUGUUUAUAUUAAAAAGGACAUUUGUGUUAAAAAGGAAAUUAGAGUUGCAGUAAACUUUCAAUGCUGCACACACAAAAAAGACAUUUGAUUUUUCAGUAGAAAUUGUCCUACAUGUGCUUUAUUGAUUUGCUAUUGAAAGAAUAGGGUUUUGUUUUGUUUUGUUUUGUUUUUUUUAAUGUGCAGUGUUGAAUCAUUUCUUCAUAGUGCUCCCCCGAGUUGGGACUAGGGCUUCAAUUUCACUUCUUAAAAAAAAUCAUUAUAUAUUUGAUAUGCCCAGACUGCAUAUGAUUUUAAGCGGAGUACAACUACUAUUGUAAAGCUAAUGUGAAGAUACUAUUAAAAAGGAUUUUUUUUCCAGAAAUUUGGUGUCUUCAAAUUAUACCUUCACCUUGACAUUUGAAUAUCCAGCCAUUAUAUUUCUUAAUGAUAUAAAAUUCCAUUUUCAAUAACUUAUUGGUGCUGAAAUUGUUCACUAGCUGUGGUCUGACCUAGUUAAUUUACAAAUUCAGAUUGAAUAGGACCUACUAGAGCAGCAUUUAUAGAGUUUGAUGGCAGAUAGAUUAGGCAGAACUUCAUCUAAAAUAUUCUUAGUAAAUAAUGUUGACAUGUUUUACAUACCUUGUCAGUUUCAUUCAACAAUUUUUAAAUUUUUAACAAAGCUCUUAGGAUUUACACAUUUAUAUUUAAACAUUGAUAUAUAGAGUAUUGAUUGAUUGCUCAUAAGUUAAAUUGGUAAAGUUAGAGACAAUUAUUCCUAACACCUCACCAUUGAAAUUUAUAUGCCACCUUGUCUUUCAUAAAAGCUGAAAAUUGUUACCUAAAAUGAGAAUCAACUUCAUGUUUUGAAGAUAGUUAUAAAUAUUGUUCUUUGUUACAAUUUUGGGCACCGCAUACUAAAACGUAACUUUUAUUGUUCCAAUAUGUAACAUGGAGGGCCAGGUCAUAAAUAAUGACAUUAUAAUGGGCUUUUGCACUGUUAUUAUUUUUCCUUUGGAAUGUGAAGGUCUGAAUGAGGGUUUUGAUUUUGAAUGUUUCAAUGUUUUUGAGAAGCCUUGCUUACAUUUUAUGGUGUAGUCAUUGGAAAUGGAAAAAUGGCAUUAUAUAUAUUAUAUAUAUAAAUAUAUAUUAUACAUACUCUCCUUACUUUAUUUCAGUUACCAUCCCCAUAGAAUUUGACAAGAAUUGCUAUGACUGAAAGGUUUUCGAGUCCUAAUUAAAACUUUAUUUAUGGCAGUAUUCAUAAUUAGCCUGAAAUGCAUUCUGUAGGUAAUCUCUGAGUUUCUGGAAUGUUUUCUUAGACUUUUUGGAUGUGCAGCAGCUUACAUGUCUGAAGUUACUUGAAGGCAUCACUUUUAAGAAAGCUUACAGUUGGGCCCUGUACCAUCCCAAGUCCUUUGUAGCUCCUCUUGAACAUGUUUGCCAUACUUUUAAAAGGGUAGUUGAAUAAAUAGCGUCACCAUUCUUUGCUGUGGCACAGGCUAUAAACUUAAGUGGAGUUUACCGGCAGCAUCAAAUGUUUCAGCUUUAAAAAAUAAAAGUAGGGUACAAGUUUAAUGUUUAGUUCUAGAAAUUUUGUGCAAUAUGUUCAUAACGAUGGCUGUGGUUGCCACAAAGUGCCUCGUUUACCUUUAAAUACUGUUAAUGUGUCAUGCAUGCAGAUGGAAGGGGUGGAACUGUGCACUAAAGUGGGGGCUUUAACUGUAGUGUUUGGCAGAGUUGCCUUCUACCUGCCAGUUCAAAAGUUCAAGUUCAACCUGUUUUCAUAUAGAAUAUAUAUACUAAAAAAUUUCAGUCUGUUAAACAGCCUUACUCUGAUUCAGCCUCUUCAGAUACUCUUGUGCUGUGCAGCAGUGGCUCUGUGUGUAAAUGCUAUGCACUGAGGAUACACAAAAAUACCAAUAUGAUGUGUACAGGAUAAUGCCUCAUCCCAAUCAGAUGUCCAUUUGUUAUUGUGUUUGUUAACAACCCUUUAUCUCUUAGUGUUAUAAACUCCACUUAAAACUGAUUAAAGUCUCAUUCUUGUCAUUGUGUGGGUGUUUUAUUAAAUGAGAGUUUAUAAUUCAAAUUGCUUAAAUCCAUUGAAGUUUUAAUUAAUGGGCAGCCAAAUGUGAAUAAAAAGUUUUCAGUUUUUUUUUUUCCUGCUGUCCUUCAAAGCCUACUGUUUAAAAAAAAAAAAAAA